AGAGAGAGACAGAGAGACAGAGAGACAGACAGACAGACAGAGAGAGAGAGAGAGAUGUCACUCCAGUGAAGUGAAAAGAUGACGCCAGUCGCUGUUUAUUUUAAGGCCACUUCAUCUCCCGGGAGACCAGACAGUUAACAGCCCUAUGAAGACAUUCCCUUACAAGCUGUUAUUCUCCGUCAGAUAAGACCGCUCACACUACUAACGAUAGCUACCAGUAACCUCUCUCUCCAUCGUUAUGAGCGAGCCUAGUAACGUCUCCAACAUCCCAGUCGGGGGCUGGAACAUCACUAACCAGUUUGUCCAGCCGGUUUGGCUGCUCGCUCUCUGGACGGUAGCCUACAGUCUCGUGCUGUUUGUCUCGGUGAGCGGGAACGUCAUCGUUAUCUGGAUCAUCCUCGCUCACAAACCGAUGCGGACAGUGACAAACUACUUCCUGUUGAACCUGGCUCUCGCGGACACUUCCAUGGCGGCCUUCAACUCGUUCGUGAACUUCGUUUACGCUGCGCACGGGGACUGGUACUUCGGGCUCGUCUACUGCAAGUUCCACAACUUCCUUCCUGUGACAGCGGUGUUCGCCAGCAUCUACUCCAUGGUGGCCAUCGCCGUGGACCGGUACAUGGCCAUCAUCCACCCACUCAAGCCGCGCCUCUCGGCAACGGUAACCAGGUCUGUGAUAGGCUGUAUCUGGGGUAUGGCCGUGGUACUAGCGUUCCCACUGUGUUACUACUCAACCACCAGAAAGAUUGGACAGAGAACACUGUGUUACGUCUACUGGCCCCGCACUGCUCAGGACUCAUUCAUGUUAGUACCUCACUGCUCAGGACUCAUUCAUAUUCUCAUCCAACAGGUGUAUCUAUCAGUGUUGUGGCUGGCUAUGAGCUCCACCAUGUACAACCCUGUCAUCUACUGCUGUCUCAAUAGCAGGUUCCGUACAGGGUUUAAGCGUGCAAUGCGCUGCUGUCCGUUUGUCCGUCUGUCUGAAUACGACCAGAUGGAACUACGUAGCGCCCAUUUCCAUAUCAACAGACAGAGCAGCAUCUACACCCUGACCCGCUUCGAGUCCUGCUCCGCCGACCCACACAACGACCGCAGCGACAGGAGGAGGAGUCAGGGUGGUCGUCAUGGUAGCAUCACACACAACGGGGUGAAUCGUCACGGAACCCGACAUACACUCCUGACACACGCUAGUUACCACGGCAACCCCCGAGGGUCCACCUCCGCCACGGAGCUCACCUGAGAGGUUUGGACUUGAGACGAAGCGAACACACAAACACACACACACCCUUAUUGAAACACACACAAACACACCUGGAUUCCAUAACAUAUAGGAAUCCCCAUUUCUGUUCUAUACCAAUAAGUAACUUGUAACCAGGUCUGUUCUGUCAGUUAUAUAGUCAGUUAAACCUUCUGUUCUGUCAGUUAUAUAGUCAGUUAACCCUUCUGUUCUGUCAGUUAUAUAGUCAGUUAAACCUUCUGUUCUGUCAGUUAUAUAGUCAGUUAAACCUUCUGUUAGUUAUAUAGUCAGGUAACCCUUCUGUUCUGUCAGUUAUAUUGUCAGUUAACCCUUCUGUCAGUUAUAUAGUCAGUUAACCCUUCUGUUCAGUCAGUUAUAUUGUCAGUUAACCCUUCUGUCAGUUAUAUAGUCAGUUAACCCUUCUGUUCAGUCAGUUAUAUUGUCAGUUAACCCUUCUGUUCUGUCGAGGUAAAUAGUCAGUUAAACCUUCUGUUCUGUCAGUUAUAUAGUCAGUUAACCCUUCUGUUCUGUCAGUUAUAUAGUCAGUUAACCCUUCUGUCAGUUAUAUAGUCAGUUAACCCUUCUGUUCUGUCAGUUAUAUAGUCAGUUAACCCUUCUGUUCUGUCAGUUAUAUAGUCAGUUAAACCUUCUGUCAGUUAUAUAGUCAGUUAAACCUUCUGUUCUUUCAGUUAUAUUGUCAGUUAAACCUUCUGUUCUGUCAGUUAUAUAGUCAGUUAACCUUCUGUUCUGUCAGUUAUAUAGUCAGUUAACCCUUCUGUCAGUUAUAUAGUCAGUUAACCCUUCUGUUCUGUCAGUUAUAUAGUCAGUUAAACCUUCUGUUCUGUCAGUUAUAUAGUCAGUUAACCUUCUGUUCUGUCAGUUAUAUAGUCAGUUAACUCUUCUGUUCUGUCUGUUAUAUAGUCAGUUAAACCUUCUGUUCUGUCAGUUAUAUAGUCAGUUAAACCUUCUGUUCUGUUAGUUAUAUAGUCAGUUAACCCUUCUGUUCAGUCAGUUAUAUAGUCAGUUAAACCUUCUGUUCUGUCAGUUAUAUAGUCAGUUAAACCUUCUGUUCUGUCAGUUAUAUAGUCAGUUAAACCUUCUGUUCAGUCAGUUAAACCUUCUGUUCUGUCAGUUAUAUAGUCAGUUAACCCUUCUGUUCAGUCAGUUAACCCUUCUGUUCUGUCAGUUAACCCUUCUGUUCAGUCAGUUAACCCUUCUGUUCAGUCAGUUAACCCUUCUGUUCAGUCAGUUAACCCUUCUGUUCAGUCAGUUAACCCUUCUGUUCAGUCA